UGGAGGCGAGACUGGGGAUCGUCAGAAGAUGAACCUGGAGCUUGGAAGGGGCCCGGGAGCAGAAGUGAGUGAGGCGGGAGAAACGGUGGGGGUUGCGUGAGGUCUAGUGAGUUGGUAAGAUCCCGAGGUGUUAAGUUCCAAGGUAGAGGAGGCGGGUUGAGAAGGAAACCUAGGUGGGGAGAAGGAGUCCCUGCGGGAGGUCUAGGGAAAGUCAGCGGUGGAAGAGAGUUGAGCUGAGAUCGCCGGCAAGGCGGGGAACAGGCCAGGUAGGAGGCUCACUAGGCAGUGGGCAGGUGGGCUGAGGUUCGUGAGGCAGGCUUAAAGAAGCAGAGGCCAGGUGGAGGUGAGGAUGAGUCUGGUUGGGGAGGCAUCUCAGAAGUGAGGCCAGCACAGACUGAGGGCGGUCCCAGAGUGGAAGGGCUCCCCGGGGAGGAAACCCCACAGUGAGGCCCAAGGCUUGGUCAGGGGGGCGCCCCCCAUGGGGGAAGCUUCUCCCUGGUGGUUGCUGGAGCCAUGCUGUCCCGAAAAGGCAUCAUCCCUGAGGAGUACGUGCUGACACGGCUAGCAGAGGACCCCGCGGAGCCCCGGUACCGAGCCCGAGAGCGGCGGGCUCGCUUCGUGUCCAAGAACGGCAAUUGCAACGUAGCCCACAAGAACAUCCGGGAGCAGGGCCGAUUCCUGCAGGACGUAUUCACCACGCUGGUGGACCUCAAGUGGCCACACACGCUGCUUAUCUUUACCAUGUCCUUCCUGUGUAGCUGGCUGCUCUUUGCCAUGGUCUGGUGGCUCAUUGCCUUCGCCCACGGUGACCUGGCCCCUGGCGAGGGCACCGCUGUGCCCUGUGUCACCAGCAUCCACUCUUUUUCAUCUGCCUUCCUUUUCUCCAUUGAGGUCCAGGUGACCAUUGGUUUUGGCGGGCGCAUGGUGACCGAGGAGUGCCCGCUGGCCAUCUUGAUCCUCAUCGUGCAGAACAUCGUGGGGCUCAUGAUCAAUGCCAUCAUGCUGGGCUGCAUCUUCAUGAAGACUGCCCAGGCCCAUCGGCGGGCCGAGACCCUCAUCUUCAGCAAGCAUGCUGUCAUUGCGGUGCGCCAUGGCCGUCUCUGCUUCAUGCUGCGUGUGGGUGACCUCCGCAAGAGCAUGAUCAUCAGCGCCACCAUCCGCAUGCAGGUGGUACGCAAGACCACCAGCCCCGAGGGCGAGGUGGUGCCCCUCCACCAGGUGGACAUCCCCAUGGAGAACGGUGUGGGUGGCAACAGCAUCUUCCUGGUGGCUCCUCUCAUCAUCUACCACGUCAUUGAUGCCAACAGUCCACUCUACGACCUGGCGCCCAGUGACCUGCAUCACCAUCAAGACCUCGAGAUCAUUGUCAUUCUGGAAGGCGUGGUGGAAACCACAGGCAUCACCACACAGGCCCGCACCUCCUACUUGGCCGACGAGAUCCUCUGGGGCCAGCGCUUUGUACCCAUUGUGGCCGAGGAGGAUGGCCGCUACUCCGUGGACUACUCCAAAUUUGGCAACACCAUCAAAGUGCCCACGCCACUCUGCACAGCCCGCCAGCUUGACGAGGACCGCAGCCUGCUGGACGCCCUGACCCUCACCUCGGCCCGUGGCCCCCUGCGUAAGCGCAGUGUGGCUGUGGCCAAGACCAAACCCAAGUUUAGCAUCUCUCCGAAUUCCCUGUCCUGAGCCGUGGUCCCUUGGGCCCCCACGUUGCUGGUGUGCCCACGGGCAGUGUGGUAUGGUAUGUAGAGUGGACAUGGUGUGGGCCCCUUGGCCAGGCCAGGACCUGGUGUGAGGCUGGGCCCUCUUCAGCUCAGCCUCCCCUCCUGCUGUUAGCCCAUGGUGUUACAAGACACUUGUCACUACUCUAUUUCUGGCCUCAGCAGGAGCCUGUACGGGGUUAUUUUUGUCUCUGCUCCUCCCAGUCCCAGGUCAGGACUGGCUCACCCCCCUCCCCCCUCCCCAGGCUGGGGAAGCUGUGGGAAGUGUUGGACCCUAAAGUUGGGUCUCCCACCAGUUCUGCAUCCCCAUGAUCAAUUGACCACAAACUGGGCAGGUGGCUGGGGAAGAACAGUCCCCAGGUUUGCAAACUGCUGCUCUGUUUUGGUGGCCCCAAGAGAUGACCAGCCACUCUUGGUCCCUGAAGAAGUGAUUGCCUAAUGGGUGGGCCCUGCCAGCUGGGGAAGGCAGUCAGUGAAGGAGCGUAUUCCAGCUGGAGGGUUAGAGGUGUGGAACCGACACAGACAGGGACAGGCGGAGACUGGUAGGGCUCUCCUCCCUAGGGCAGACUCAGGCAAGGAGGAAGUGGUAUGAGGACACGCAGCUAUGCUGAGCCCUGGUCAGGCACAGGAAUGAGGAGAUGGGCCCCUGUGCCCCCGCCCUGUGCCCUGACACCAAGGCGUCUCUGGUGAGGGGCUGCUGUGCCUGCCUGCUCCCCUUCUGUCCCUGCCCCAGGAGGGGGGACAGGCUGGGGCAGACGGUGGCGUGCCAAGCAGACAGGGGCUGCGGAGAGGGGGUCCUGGGCCUACCACACAGAUUGAACGCUGGCUCCCCACCAAUGGCUCUCACUCAGUGUCUGUCCAGAGUGGGGCAGUGGAGGGUCAUUGGGUCUCUAGAAAAGGAGAUGUUGGAAAGCUCAGGAUGGUGGGGAUGAGCAAGGCCCCUGAUGCAAAGAGGACCUUGGUCCUCACAGGCUUGACCUCAGGCGGGGCUCCUGGAGCAGUGCCAUGUGGCUGGGGAAGGAGGGGGCAUACUGGCGGAUGGGGAGGGAGGGGGCUGGCAGCUGCCCGCCCACAUUCCAAAGGUGCCACAGAUCCUAGCUGGGCGGCCAGGAAAAGGACCUGGGGCUGACCCUUAUCACCCAGUUCAGAGAGACUUUUACCUUUUUGCCUCAGGUAGCCCAGCCCUGCCAGCUUGUCUGGCCAUCUCAAUUUUGGGGCACCUACCAGGCUUAUAGCCUUGGGCCUGGCCUCCACUCCCCGGGGAUCUGCUGGAAGGCUGGGGUGGUCGGGGGAGAGGUGGGGCCAUCAUACGCAUUAGUGUACAGAGAUAUUGCAGGUUUGGUUCCAGACCACCACAACAAAACAAAUAUCGCGAUAA